GUUUGUAAAUACGGGCGUUCGAUUUCUGUCUUUAAUGUGCCGCAGUCGAUGUUAGAUAGGUAAUUAGGUACGAUAUUGGCAUUCUUCGACAGAGAUAGUGCAGUGCGGUAGUGGCACGAUGAGAUUAUUUUUUAUUUGUUUAUUAUUAGCCAGUGCAGUGAACUUAGAAGCGUACAAAGUGUUACUAUGUUUUCCCUUCCCGGUGAGGAGUAUGAACAGUUUGGGCGACGGGUAUGCCAGGCAUUUGAUAAAUGCUGGACAUGAGGUGACGUUUAUAACAGCAUUCCCCAAGAAGCAGAAUAUUCCAAACCUGCGUGAAAUCGAUGUUAGUGACAACUACGAAAUCAUAGCUAACGAGAAUUUCAACAACAUAAGUUUCAUUCUUGAAAACAUCCUGGACUUAAGCAGUGACGUGGAGUUCCUCCAGCGUCUGACCCUGGAUAUAGCUCUGAAGACAUUGGAGAAUAAAGAUGUGAAGGCACUGAUGGGGAAUCCAAAAGAGACAUUCCAUGUGUUCAUCGCUGAUUUGUUGGAGACUGAGCUCUAUGCUGGAUUCGCAGCUCUGUACAACUGCCCCCUGAUCUGGGCGUAUUCCAUGGGAGCCCACUGGGUGGCCAUGCGCCUGAUCGACGAUCCAACAAACCCUGCUUAUUCUUCAGACUACUUCACGACCCCCAUAGCACCGUUUUCCUUCACAGACCGUUUCCGAGUGCUCUGGGAGAAUGUAAAAUGGCGAUAUGCUAAAAUCUUCAUAACUCAGCCAAAAGAGGAAGCAGCUUACAUAAGCAUAUUUGGCCCUGAAUUAAAAAAGCGUGGCAUGAUCAUGCCGGAUUAUGAUGAUCUUAUUUACAACGCGUCAUUGGUGCUAAGCAAUGACCACCAUGCGUCUGGUAACACACCGAAGACCCCCCAGAACUGGAAAUUUGUGGGGGGGUUCCAUAUUGAAGCACCUGUAAAACCUUUACCUGAGGUGAGUGACCUUGCAACUGGACGCGUUAAAACAAUACAUCAGAUCAUGUGGUUUCAUCAUCAUCAUUUCAGCCACAAGACGUCCACUGCUGAACAUAGGGAUUUAAAAACCAUCAUGGAUAAUGCUGUACAUGGUGUAAUUUACUUCAGCAUGGGAUCAGUAUGGAAUAGCGAGCUUAUACCGAUGCAAAUAAUUGAUGGUCUUCUCGAGACCUUCGGGGAACUGAAGGCUACGGUAAUUUGGAAGUACGAAGGAAACCUUCCUGACGUGCCUAAGAAUGUUCACUUAAUUAAGUGGGCGCCACAGCAGAGCAUUUUAGCGCACCCCAACUGCAAGCUAUUCAUAACUCACGGAGGACUUCUAUCCUCGACCGAAGCCCUACACUUCGGAGUCCCCAUCAUUGGUGUUCCCAUCUCAUACGACCAGUUCCUCAACAUUGAGAAGGCGGUUACCAGAGGAUAUGCGCUGCAAGUGGCUCUUUCUUAUAAAUUGCCCGAGAAGUUAAGAUCUGCUAUUAACGUUGUGUUUGACAAUCCGAAGUACCGAGAACAAGUGAAGAAACUGUCUAAGAUAUACCAUGACCGUCCAAUAGCCCCUGGCAAGGAGUUAGUACACUGGAUAGAGCAUGUCAUCCGAACUCAAGGAGCUCCACACCUACGCUCACCGGCUAAUCUCGUACCAUUAUACCAGAAGGCAUAUCUAGAUAUUUUAAUGCUAGCUAUAGCUGUGAUUGCAUUGGUGAUAUAUUUGAAGAAUUUGGUGUUUGGAGAGAGUAAUAAAAGACAGAGUAAGAAGAAGUUUAAGAAAAACUAGAUUAUUUUAUUUUAUUUUAUUUAUUACGGUAAACC